AUGACGACCAUGGAGUCAAGUGACAACAGCUCAACAGCCGAGCUCAUGAGUCGGUAUGUGUCUUCGGAACUUGGCUACGGGGUACCGAAGGACGGCUGGCGGAUCUGCUUGGCGCAUGAGUUCAAGGAGAAAAGGAAGCCGUUCCAAGCCAAAGAUGUGUCCCUCUCCAACAUCGUUGAACACAUUGGCCUUGGAGUCAGGUGAGCCCCCUUAACAACACCUCAUCGUGUCAAGCCAAUCCACUUCUAGCCCACUGUUACUACACUACCAGUCAAAAGUUUGGAUACAGCUCAAGUGUUUUUCUUUAUUUUUACUAUUUUUUACAUUGUAGAAUAAUAGUGAAGACCUCAAACUAUGAAAUAAUAAUAAAUAACACAUAUGGAAUCAUGUAGUAAACAAAACAAGUGUUAAACAAAUCAAAAUAUAUUUUAUAUGUGAGAUUCUUAAAAUAGCCACCCUUUGCCUUGAUGACAGCUUUGCACACUCUUGGCAUUCUCUCAACCAGCUUCAUGAGUUAGUCACCUGGAAUGCAUUUCAAUUAACAGGUGUGCCUUCUUAAAAGUUAAUUUGUGGAAUUUAUUUCCUUCUUAAUGCGUUUGAGCCAAUCAGUUGUGUUGUGACAAGGUAGAGUCGGUAUGUGUAUACAGAAGUCCAUAUUAUGGCAAGAACAGCUCAAAUAAGCAAAGAGAAACGACAGUCCAUCAUUACUUUAAGACAUGGAGGUCAGUCAAUCCGGAACAUUUCAAGAACUUUGAAAGUUUCUUCAAGUGCAGUCGCAAAAACCAUCAAGUGCUAUGAUGAAACUGACUCUCAUGAGGAUCGCCACAGGAGUGGAAGACAUAGUUACACUACCGUUCAAAGGUUUGGGGUCACUUAGAAAUGUCCUUGUUUUUGAAAGAAAAGCAAAAUAAAUUGUCCAUUAAAAUAACAUAAAAUUGAUCAGAAAUACAGUGUAGACAUGGUUAAUGUUGUAAAUGGUUAUUGUAGCUGGAACAGCUAAAAAAAAAAAAAAAAAAAAAAAAGGAAUAUCUAUAUAGGCGUACUGAGGCCCAUUAUCAGCAACCAUCAGUCCUGUGUUCCAAUGGCACGUUGUGUUUGCUAAUCCAAGUUUAUCCUUUUUAAAAGGCUAAUUGAUCAUUAGAAAACCCUUUUGCAAUUAUAUUAGCACAGCUGAAAACUGUUGUGCUGAUUUAAAGAAGCAAUAAAACUGGCCUUCUUGAGACUAGUUGUGUAUCUGAAGCAUCAGCAAUUGUGGGUUCGAUUACAGAAUCAAAAUGGCCAGAAACAAAUAACUUUCUUCUGAAACUCGUCAAUCUAUUCUUGUUCUGAGAAAUGAAGGCUAUUCCAUGCGAGAAAUUGCCAAGGAACUGAAGAUCUCGUACAACGCUGUGUACUACUCCCUUCACAGAACAGCGCAAACUGGCUCUAGCCAAAAUAGAAAGAGGAGUGGGAGGCCCCGGUGCACAACUGCGCAAGAGGACAAAUACAUUAGUGUCUAGUUUGAGAAACAGUCGCGCCUCAGGUCCUCAACUGGCAGCUUCAUUAAAUAGUAUCCGCAAAACACCAGUCUCAAUGUCAACAGUGAAGAGGCGAAUCCGGAAUGCUGACCUUAUAGGCAGAGCUGCAAAGAAAAAGCCAUAUCUCAGACUGGCCAAUAAAAAGAAAAGAUUAAGAUGGGCAAAAGAACACAGACACUGGACAGAGGAAGAUUGGAAAAAAAGUGUUAUGGACAGACAAAUCGAAGUUUAAGGUGUUUGGAUCACAAAGAAGAACAUUUGUGAGACGCAGACCAAAUGAAAAGAUGCAGGAGGAGUGCUUGAUGCCAUCUGUCAAGCAUGGUGGAGGCAGUGUGAUGGUCUGGGGGUGCUUUGGUGGUGGUAAAGUGGGAAGAUUUGUACAGGGUAAAUGUGAUCUUGAAGGAAGGCUAUCACUCCAUUUUGCAAUGACAUGCCAUACCCUGUGGAUGGCGCUUGAUUGGAGCCAAUUUCCUCCUACAACAGGACAAUGACCCAAAGCACAGCUCCAAACUAUGCAAUAACUAUUUAGGGAAGAAGCAGUCAGCUGGUAUUCUGUCUAUAAUGGAGUGGCCAGCACAGUCACCUGAUCUCAACCCGAUUGAGCUGUUGUGGGAGCAACUUGACCGUAUGGUACGUAAGAAGUGCCCAUCAAGCCAAUCCAACUUGAGGGAGGUACUUCAGGAAGCAUGGGGUGAAAUCUCUUCAGAUUACCUCAACAAAUUGACAACUAGAAUGCCAAAGGUCUGCAAGGCUGUAAUUGCUGCAAAUUGAGGAUUCUUUGACGAAAGCAAAGUUUGAAGGACACAAUUAUUAUUUCUAUUAAAAGUCAUUAUUUCUAACCUUGUCAAUGACUACAUUUCCUAUGCAUUUUGCUAUAUUUCCUAUUCAAACUCAUUUCAUGAAUGUUUUCAUGGAAAACAAGGACCCCAAACUUUUGAACGGUAGUGUACCUCUGCAGAGGAUAAGUUUGUUAGAGUUACCAGCCUCAGAAAUUGCAGCCCAAAUAAAUGCUUCACAGAGUUCAAGUCAGACACAUCUCAACAUCAACUGUUCAGAGUGGACUGUGUAAAUCAGGCCUUCAUGGUUGAAUUGCUGCAAAGAAACCACUACUAAAGGACACCAAUAAGAAGAAGAGACCUGCUUGGGCCAAGAAACACGAGCAAUGGACAUUAGACCAGUGGAAAUUUGGCCUUUGGUCUGGAGUCCAAAUUGGAGAUUUUUGGUUCCAACCGCCAUGUCUUUGUGAGACGCGGUGUGGGUGAACGGAUGAUCUCCGCAUGUGUAGUUCCCACCGUGAAGCAUGGAGGAGGAGGUGUUAUGGUGUGGGGGUGCUUUGCUGGUGACACUGUCUGUGAUUUAUUUAGAAUUCAAGGCACACUUAACCAGCAUGGCUACCACAGCAUUCUGCAGCGAUACGCCAUCCCAUCUGGUUUAGGCUUAGUGGGACUAUCAUUUGUUUUUCAACAGGACAAUGGCCGAACACACCUCCAGGCUGUGUAAGGGCUAUUUUACCAAGAAGGAGAGUGAUGGAGUGCUGCAUCAGAUGACCUGGCCUCCACAAUCCCUUGACCUCAACCCAAUUGAGAUGGUUUGGGAUGAGUUGGACCGCAGAGUGAAGGAAAAGCAGCCAACAAGUGGUCAGCAUAUGUGGGACCUCCUUCAAGACUGUUGGAAAAGCAUUACAGGUGAAGCUGGUUGAGAGACUACCUCAUGAAGCUGGUUGAGAGAAUGCCAAGAGUGUGCAAAGCUGUCAUCAAGGCAAAGGGUGGCUAUUUGAAGAAUCUCAAAUAUACAAUAUAUUUAGAUUUGUUUAACACUUUUUUUUUGUUGGUUACUACAUGAUUCCAUAUGUGUUGUUUCAUAGUUUUGAUGUCUUCACUAUUAUUCUACAAUGUAGUAAAUAGUAAAUAGAGAGAAACACCCUUGAAUGAGUAGGUGUGUCCAAACCUUUGACUGGUACUGUAUAUCCAAACUGUGUUUAUUCAUAGUAUUUAUACUUAAAGGAGAUAGAAAACAAAUCUAUGGUUAAGGGCACAACCUGUCUUUAUUCUACAUAGUGGCAAGGAGAGGCAUUUUUUAAGCCUAUUACUUUUCUCUGGCAUGGGUCCCUGUGGUGCAGCAGAGCAGCCUAACCGCCAGGGUGCCAGGUGUAGUCUGAUGUUUCUCUGCUUGUCCAAAAGGACAGGUGUGUGUGUGAGACAUGUACAUAUGCAGGUGCUGUGACUGGUAGUGGGUAAAAAAACACACAACCCAGCUUCUCCUCCACUGGUCUCCCACGCCUCAAUCCCUCACUAACGUGACAUAGAAACACAAAAGCUAGCUUUGUUGUUGCAAUGGAUUGCCUCAGUCUGUGUUUGGCCUAAUUCUAUCCAGGUUCUCUAACAUCUGUGGACUGCUUGAUGGUUGUUGUUGCUCCCCCUCUGAAACCAUUUGAGACUCAUAAUGUUAAUAAUAUAAUAUAAUAUGCCAUUUAGCAGACGCUUUUAUCCAAAGCGACUUACAGUCAUGCGUGCAUACAUUGCUUUUUGUGUAUGGGUGGUCCCGGGGAUCGAACCCACUACCUUGGCGUUACAAGCGCCGUGCUCUACCAGCUGAGCUACAGAGGACCACACCAUAUUACAUUCAGGACAUGCCAGCUUAGACCUUGUACUGCUGCCAGCCCAGAAUCCUGCAUUCCUGAGAGUAAGCGAAUCAGGUGUGGGUGGCUUGCUUGAUACAAAAGCUGAUAUUGAUCUACUGUAGGCCUGCAGUGCAGCUGGUAACAACACAAUGAAAGUAAGGAUUACCACCAGAAGAUAAAAACAGCAUGUCAGCUGUGCUAUUGGAGUUUGGAAUCAAAUAGAUUAAGAGGAAAAUGAACCUUGCUUUAAAUAACAAAGUAAUAAAAUAAUGCUUUAAAUAAAUGUGACCACCUCCAUACGUCUUGCCUGCUGAUCAUUCAACCCACCAGCCUGACACUACACACUAUGACCUAGUAGUUAUUUGUGUGUUUGUCAAAUUCAAUCAUUUUAUUGGUCGCGUACACAUAUUUGCAGAUGUUAUUGCAGGUGCAGUGAAAUGCUUGUGUUUACAGUACCUAACAAUACACACAAAUCUAAAGAAAGAAAUUAAGAAAUGUCCGUGUGUAUAAACGGUAUGGACAGUGUGUGAAUAGAAAAGGUGUGUACAGCAGUAGUUAUAUAGGAUGAGCCUCGACUAGAAUACAGUAUAUACAUAUGAAGUGGGUAAAACGGCUAUUGAUUGGUGUGUGUGUGUGGUAGCUUUGACAUGUUAGUUUGCCACUACAGUUUGUGUGUGUGUGUUCGAAUGCUGUUGAGUUCUUUCACAUGAAACAGUCUGCUGGUGCCCAAAGAGAAGGAGCUAGGCAAACAGCGAAGAAACAAUACACAAACUCUACUCAACCUCACAUUCAUGGACUUUGCCUCUUCCUUGAUAGGCCUAUAGGCUAAGCUAAUAACAGUAGAAUGAGGGCAUUAUCCUUAAAGGUGUGGCCCACCAGUCUAUUUUACAUUGUCCCUCCCCCCCGCAGUCAGUCACCAUGGCGACGUCAGUUAAUCGUUGACCAUUUUGCCCAGUUUUUUGUUGAACGGUUCAGGGGUAAGAAGAAUAGGCUACUAUGACAUAGUCUAGAGACCUUCCCUAUAUUCAGAGCAGAGCUUGGGUCAAUUCGAAUUGAAGGCUUUCAAUUCAGGAUGUAAACUUAAGUAAUUAUUCCAAAUUUGAAAAAACUGCAACUAUUUUCAAUGACUUCUCAAUAAACGGAGGAGUGGAAGCUAUUUCAAAAGUUUUUCAAUUUAGAAUCACUUCCUGAGUUGACUGCCUUCAAUUCGACCCCAGCCCUGAUUCAGAGGUCUGUCUGUCGCUCAAUAGAGUUAAAGCAGGACUCACUGUCAUUUUUCACAAGGAUCUAUUGAAGAGGGCCUCCUCUUUGUUUACCUGUGGCCAACAUUUAACAUUUCAUUUUGUGACUAAAUUCAGCAGGCCAAAUGCCAUUGUCUAAUGUCUACAGUAGAGUUGCAGCCCUCCUGUCAGUAUUUCUGAACGGGCUGUUAUGGUGGCAACUUAAAUUCUUUGAUACCUGACUAAGACAGUGUUGCGCUAAUAGGCUAAUCUAAUACAGAAUAUCCUAUGUGGCAGUCUGUUUGUGUUCUAAAGCAUGCCGCACCCUGUUGUCUUUACCAUGUUUUUAUGGGCCUUAUGUCUAUAGUCUAAUCAAUUAGAAACACUGUGCCUCUGUGUGACCACACACCAACACACACAUAUUUUAAAUACUUUAUUUGAAUCCACAAAUCACAUUACCGUCAAGAAUGAUUCAAACAUUUCAUAGGUCAUGGAUAUAUGGACACAGAAAGCACCUUCUCCAUACAGCAAGGCUGCCUGACUAUGACAGCUUACACAGAGCAGUACCUCGCUAGCUGCUUUGACUUUGUCCUAUGCAGGCCUGCAAUCUGAAGGCCAUGUACUGUCAGCCUAUGUACAUGGCCGAGACUCCCAAAUGUCAGCAUUACAAGUUUGCACUGAUAACCAAGGCUGUUCAGGCGUGACACGAAGGGCUGGUAUUUCAGCAACUUGUGAGCAAAGGCCUGCUCCAUGUAUGAGUCAAAAGAGCAACCCACUUCCGAAAUGACAUCUCCCUCCGGCCUCCCCCCAACAUCAACAAUAUCUGACACACCACUACUCUCAGACCUGCCAUUCUCUGAGCCCAGGACAGACAGUGUUGUGUUCUGUUUGACCCAGCCUUUGUUUAGAGUGCGGAAUGCUUGUAAACAGCUGGGCAUGAAUCAAGAAAAAUAGACAGUGAGAGGGAGUAAGAGCGAGAGAGAAAUCGAGAUGAGAAAUGCUGUUUUCCUCAGUCUGCUGUUGCUGUGUAUUUGUUAAUGAAGUGCCACUCGCUCUGCACAGUGACUCGCUUUGUCACGGCCUAACCGGUAAGAAUCAGAGAACCAUUCUUAAUCAUUCUACAAGGCUACAUACUGUAGGACUUCCUUUUCCUGAACAGUUCCUCGAAACAACACAAUACAGCCAGCUGCUCACUAUUCAUUGAUUUACGGUUUGAACUUGUGUUUGAUGGAAUGAUUCAUGGAAUGUCCUCUUUCUGCUAUGCACCCCCCUCCCACUCCAACCCAAGAUGUAAUUCAGUGAUUGUGACAGAUUCUUUGCUAUGAGGUAUUUUUUUUUUUAUGUUUGGGUUCACUGGUUAGGUGUACUCUACCUGCUUGUGCAUGUUAAUGUUCCCAUUUUCAUGUAGAUUCUCAAACAAUGUCAGCUUAUUAUUAACUUGGUCUCGCGUGCGUGCAGGUAUCUCAAGUGGUGGUAUAAGAAGACUCAAAUAGAGAAGAAGGCUCCUUUCAUUGAUAUGUUCCGAGCCCUUCCCCUGAGACAGAUCUAUGGUAGGUGGACACACACCAACAAAGCCUCCAAUUAACUAUUAUCAAUACCUAUAUUAAUGCAUAUCGGUAAAACACACUCAAAUGGGCCUACUCAUGAGUAUUGAAACAUUUGAAAACACAUUUGCUGUAUUGAAAUACCUUUCUUUGCAGGUGCUCCUCUUGGAGGUAUUGGAGGAGGUACCAUCACGCGAGGCUGGCGGGGGGAGUUCUGCAGGUGGCAACUCAACCCUGGGAUGUACCACUACAAAACUGUCAUCGCUAACCAGGUAUGCUUGGGAAAAGACUGCCUAGCAACUAGUAACAUGGUAUGUAAUAACAAAUUAACUGAGAAAAGUCCUGUUUAUAAGUCCUGUACACAUGGACAACUAAUUAUCUUUGUUUUCUAAAAUUGGUUUGCCUUCAACUAAUAGUAUUUUCAAAUAGGCUUAAAGCCUCUUAGCUCCAGUUCUUAACUGUUGGUCAAUAACAGACCUCAUUAACAAUCCACUGUGUCGUCAGGACCUGUUGAGAACUCCACCUCUAUCGCUCCUAGUUCAUAUUUAAAGUCAACUCUAUUUAGUCUAGUAGGAGUACGGUGUGUAUGAAGUUCACUUCGUGGCACAUCUAUUAUGCUAUUUAUUCAGAUCUAUUCUAGUCAUUUGUUCCUCCCAUAUCCCUCCUCUGUCUCUCUCCUAGUUCACGGUGUGCCUGCGUCGGGGCGGUCAGACGGUGUACCAGCAAGUGUUGUCAGUGGAGCGCCCCCCCACGCUGCAGGGCUGGAACUGGGGCUACUGUGGAGAGUACGCCUUCUACCACGCCUUGUACCCCCGGGCCUGGACAGUCUACCACCUCCCUGGGCAGAACGUCACCCUCACCUGCAGACAGGUGUCACCCGUCAUCCCCCACGACUACCAGGUAACUGGGUAUGUCCCCCAGUGACAUGACUUAGCAUUGGGUGUCAGUCAUAUUGUUUUUACUAAAUGUCCCCUAAGGACAUGACUUAGCAUUGGGUUUCAGUCAUAUUGUUUCUACUUCAGCCAAUAUGGGCCCAAAUUGCACCCUAUUUCCCAUGUAGUGCACUACUUUUGACUAGGGCUCUGGCCCGAAGUAGUGCACUACAAAGGUAAUAGGGUGCAUGAUGCCUAUGCCAGACAGUCAUCCAGCCAUUCCCAGUACCUUCACCCUAGCCUAGAGUUUCAUGUUUUGGGACUACUGAACACGAUCAUCUCCCCUGCUCUCUCCUCUCUCUCUCACCUCUCUCUGGUCAUCCCCACAGACCCCAGGACUCCAGUCCCCGUGGCGACUUUGGAGUGUGGGAAUGAGUAAUCAAGAAUGA